AUGACCUUGAAAAUCAUCUUCUUUCCAUUCAAGUUGAUCCUUGCACGACUACUGGGUUCACUUCUUGCGGUUUUAUCUAUUGCUAUACUCCUAUACUGCUCUGGCUCUUUCUUGGAAGCAAAUUCUAGCUUGUUCACGUCAGCAACCGGAUCCCGUUUUUUUGUCAAUUUGUUUCCAUCCGUUGGCGCUAUCUACUGUUCAGUCUUCCCGGGCAAAUCAUGCCAAACACAAUACUUGCAAAAGAGCAACUCCAAAGACGAAAUUGGACGGAUUGCCAACACACUUUCAACCACAACGGCCAAAGCAUCUGACGUGUUCGAAUCCAUCUCUCACUUGAGCAAUCCAACGAAUCUUGAAAUCUACCAGACAGAAAUCUGGGAGCUUACGUUUGCGAUUCGAUAUUCCAGUAAUCUUGAAGAAAAAGAUGCCAUGGCCGAGGAACUAUGGGAAUUAGGAGGAAUGACGGGAAAACUGAAGGACAGGGUUAUUGACCUGAAUGGGAAAGCGAUUAAUUCAUUUUCCUCAAUUGCACAUGAAUUUUCACGUGUUGGACAAGUAAUCCAAUUGGUUAAUAACAGGAAAACAUCCUAUUCGAUCGAUAUCGUUCAAAACAAUCUGCAGCUAGCAUUCUCCAACUUUGAUUGGGAGCUGAAAAAAUUGAUCGAUUCAAUUGAGGAUUCCAUCCCUCUUGCAUCCCGAGCGGCAAGUCUGGGUCUGCAAGUCUCUGAGAGAAUCCACAAAGAGCAUUACAAACUCCAACUAUUUCAAGAUGACCAGCCACUAUGGAGGAAAUUGAUCGAUCAGACAAAACGGAGUGGAAAGCAACUGAGGAGAGACCUUAAUCUAACGGCACGAAGUAUCCAAACAGCAAGGGCUCUACACACCGGCCUGGAGGAGAUUCGAAGUGAUUUGGUAUCUUAUCAAAAUCAUGUCUCAUAUUUCAAAGCUGCAAUUUCAGGCUGGCAUUUGGCUGAUCAUGGUCUCACUGCUGAAGAUGAACUCGAAUCCAUGAAAUCCACUAUCAAUCAACUUCGAGACACAAUUUCCAUGGCCAAGAAAAAUUCUAAAGAGAAGGAUAUCCGAAUACCAUCUGUUGAUUUGUAA